AUGGACGAGAUCGAGGAGCUUAAAGCCAUCCUUAGAGAGCGCAAGGCUCUUGAGAAAGAGCUGGACGAAGCCGAAGAGGAAGCAAGACGAGCCGCAGCUGCCGCUGCUGCUGCUGCUGGAGAAGGUGGAGGAGCGGCGGGAGCGGGCGAAGCAGGAGGAUCGGCGGAGAUUGGGGAAGACGGGUUGACCGCGGAGCAGCGCGCGGAGCGGAAGGCGGAGAAGCUGCGGGAGCUGCUGGCGAAGCGCGCGCAGGAGCAGGCGGAGAAGCGGCGCGAGGCGGCGGAGCUGUUCGCGUUCGGGCAGCAGGCGUACGGGCGCGGCGUGUACGACAAGAGCGUCGCAAUCCUGGAGCAGGCGCUGGGAAACGUGGAGUUCACGUCAAAGCUUGCCGGAGAGAUCCAGCUGUGGCUGGCAAUGGCGUAUGACGCUAAUGGGCAACGCCCAGAGUGCCUAGCUCUGUACCGCAAGCUGGAGAGCAGCCACCCCAUGCCCGCCAUUCGCAACCAGGCUGCCAACAUGCGGUACAUCGCAGAGGCGCCCAAGCUGAAACUGUCCCCCGAUGAGAUCCUCAAAGUGCCCAUUCUCGACAAGGAUAACAACAGCUCUGGGCGCACAUGGAGUCAGAUGGUGACUGAGAGACGGCCCAAGCGCAUCAAGAAGCUGAAAAAUUCUGGGUCGAGAGACUAUAUGGAUGAUCUCAUGUCAUUCAAGCCGCCCCGUUGGGAGAAGAGCCCUUAUUUCUGGGUGGCCUUUUCAGUUUGGCUUACCAUGGUGGCCGUUGCUCUCAUAUUCGCCGACGCUGAAUCAGCAGUCCGAGCUGGUUCGGCAGCAGCUUCGGUGCCGAGGCUUGGAGCCGAAGAGCAACUGCUGAUAUCACAGGUUGCGUCAGCACCAGUCACGAAAUGGAAGAAUGUCACAGGCAGAAGAUUGCAGAGCUGGGGCGGCGUGGUGCAUGAUAAGGGGCUCAUAGCUCAACCCUUGCCGCAAUGGCUGCAGCACUUCACAUCUCGCCUCUCAGCGGAUCUCAACAGCGUCUUCCCCUCCCCCAUCAACCACGUGCUUGUGAACGAGUACCUGGGGGGCCAAGGUAUCAUGCCACACCAGGAUGGCCCCGCUUACUUCCCCUGUGUCGCCAUACUCUCUCUCGGCCUGCCUGGAACCAUGUCGUUCCCUCCACACCAGAGGCUGUUGGAAGGCAGCAGGGAGGGCAGCAGAGAGAGCAGUGAGGGUGCUUGUGAUAGGGCUUUGGCUCUGCUGGAGGAAAGGAGAGAGGAGAGGGAGGGUGGAGCUGAAAGGGCGGAAUUUGGGAAGGAUGAAAUGGGACGAGCAGAGGCAGGCGAGCGGGGAUUGUCUAGCCAUGCAGUGGUGAUGAGGGAGAGCGUGGCUUUGCCUCCUCGAAGCCUGUUGGUGUUUAAGGAUCAAGCAUACACAGCCCAGCACGGAUUGAUCACAAUCUUCCUCUCAAUGGCCUUUCUUCGCAUUUCUUCCGCCGCUCUCCUCUCGUCUCCGCCACUCCCCUGCGACGGUCGUGUCACACUUCCGCGCUCUCUCCCCUCUUCGCGCCUCGCCUUCCGCGUUGCUCCCGCUUUUCGACCAUCCAUCACCGCCUCUAGCAACCAUACUUUCGGCGAGCAAACUCCCUCCACUGCAACUCCCGCUUGCUUUGAUCCCUCUCGGGCCGUCAUUGAGACUGCGACUGUCACAACUCGACGCGCAGCUUUAAUCGGGCUGUCAGCGGUGAUCGCGGCGCAAUGCGCGGGCGGAAGCGGAGCAGCGGCAGCAGCAGGGGGGGACGGAAAACAGCGGGGUCUAUCUGUCGAGCAAGUGAAGGAUAUUAUCGCACGUGACAUCAGCGAGGGCCAGUACUUCGUUACAGGGGACCUCACAGCCUCUGUUUAUCGCGAUGACUGCAGGUUCAAGGAUCCAACCAAUGACACAUCUGGUUUGGCGCGCUACCUGGCUGCUGUGAGCAUUCUCUUCGACCCGGCAUUCUCCAAGCAGGAGCUGCUCUCCAUCGCAGUUACCUCUGACAAAUCAGUCACUGCCACAUGGCGGCUUGGCGGGUACCUCAAGUUUCCUUGGCAGCCCAGGGUCGAGCCAUUCACAGGUUCCACUGUAUACGAGCUGGAUGACGACAACCUAGUGGCGGUGCACAAUGAGACGUGGAGCAUAUCGCCAAUCACUGCACUCAUCGAAACCUUCACGCCUACUUUUGGCCCCAAACAACUACAUGGGACAGCUAUGUCGAAGCAGCCGACAGCAGCGCUGCCGCCUUACCCGGAUAGGUUCUACAUCGCGGCGCGGUACGCGGCGAUCCCGGGGACGGUGGACAUUCCCGAGGGCGCGGGCAACUCCACGCAGUACUCGGACCUCACGUGCCUCGCGCUCUACUCGCUCUACCAGCAGGCGGUACACGGGCCAUGCACCAAGCCCAAGCCAUGGGCAUGGAACAUAGUGGAGCUCGCCAAAUGGCAGAGUUGGACAGAGCUGGGAAAGAUGGCGCCAGUAGAGGCCAUGCGGCUGUUUGUGCGUGCGCUGGAGGAGGAGGACCCGAAUUGGUGGACCAACGCACAAUUGAUGGAAGCAGCUGACCCGCUUGCUGCAGCAGCAGCAGCAGCAGCAGCAGUCCCAGAGGGGUAUGGCAAAGGCUAUCCAGACGCCUAUGCUGCUGAGGGUUUCCCUGCAAUGAACGGAGCUGCAUUCCCCCGAGGGCCCCCUGUGGUGGAGGACAUGGGGGUGAUGGCAGUGCUGCGCGCACAUGACUGCAUCAACAAGUGGGUCGCUGCUCCCGUGACUGGAAGGAAACCCUCUGCCAGAUACCAGCAUGCAGCGGAGAUUUUGGAUGGCAGGAUGUACGUGGUGGGGGGCAACAGGGCGCGGUUCACCAGCGACGUGCAUGUGUUGGACCUCGCAUCCCUCGCCUGGUCCAAGAUGGAGCUCUCUUCGCCUGCCAAUGCUCUCCCCCCUUGUGCUGGGCACAGCCUGUGUGCAAGGGGAGGCCACAGCACAGCCAAAGUGGGGUCAACGGUGUGGGUGUUUGGAGGGGAGGACAGCAAGAGACGGCUGCUCAACGACGUGUACAGCCUGGACCUCACCACCUUCGUGUGGGACAAGCUGGACACCACAGGAACGCCCCCACUGCCCAGAGCAGGCCACACAGCAACGGUAUACAAUGAGCAUUACUUGACCAUCUUUGGGGGCGGCUCCCACUCCAUGUGCUUCAACGACGUGCAUGUGCUGGAUUUAGACGCGGCCGAGUGGUCCCUGGCUGAGACGUAUGGCAAGGUGCCCUCCCCCAGAGCAGGGCUGGUGGGCGUCGCAUUUGGCAGCCUAUGGUUCAUCAUGGGGGGAGGGGACAACCACGGGGGGGUAUCUGAGACGAUGCUGCUGGACCUUGACUCGUUAGUCUGGUCUGUGGUUACCACAUCGCUCGAGAAGACCCCUCUGGCAUCAGAGGGUCUUUCGGUGGUACCUGUGGGAACAUCUCUCGGCCCUGUGCUGGUAGCGUUCGGAGGCUAUAACGGGCGGUACAAUAACGAGGUAUUCCUGUUGCUCCCCGACACUGUGGCGCUGCUGAGAGCAGCAGAGGAGGAGGAAGAAGCUGCGGCUGCCGCUACAACCGCCGGCGCUACAACCGCUGCAACAACUGCUGCUGCUGCCGCUACAGAUAGUGCCGCUGCUGCUGCUGCUACAGCCAGUGGUGCUGCUGCUGCUGCAGGCUCGGCCACUCAACCACCCAUUUCAGCAGCAUCAGAAAGAAGCACUUCCCAACCUGCUGACUCCACCUCUGCAUCCUCAGCUCCGGCAGCAGGUUCGGCAGCAGGUUCGGCAGCACCAACCUCCCUUCCCUCUGGCGCCGCUGCUGCUCUUGGCCCUACCCCUUCCGCACCUGCUGCUCUCCCCCCUGCCGCACCCACCACUGGAUUACCCCCAGCUGCUGCUGCUGCUGCUGCUGCUGCUGGGGGCAAGCAGAUGAUCCGGGCAGGAUCUGCGUCCAAUAUCAUUGGUGCCGCCCCUCCAGGUGGAAUCCCAGGUGGAAUCUCAGGUGGAAUUUCAGGUGCUGCUGCUGUUGCGAUACCUGGGCACGGGCCGCCGUUGCCAGCAGGACCGGGGGCGGUGGUGGGGGUGGGAGAGGAUGGGGAGCUGUCCCCCACGUCGAGGGAUGCGGUGCUGCUGGCUCAGCUGGAGGAGGCAGAAGCAGCUGCCAGCAGAGCAGAGAAGGUGGCGCUCAAUGCGCGGGCCGAAGCUAGCCAAACGGCUGCAGAGGCAAGGGCAGAUGCAUGGGCUGCCAUUGCUAAGGCGCAGAUGGAGGUAGACCUAUUGAAGCAGCAACUAGCAACAGCAGUGAAGGCGAAGCAGCAGGCAGAGGAUGAGAUGGCGGAGGGGCAGGCCAAGGUGGUGGCGGCCCAGGCUGCUGCUGCCAGCGCCCAGGCUGAGGCGGGGCAGAUUAAGAAGGACUUGAACGAGUGCAGAAUAAAGGUGCACGAGCUAGAGGCGGAGCUGGCUAAGAAGUCAGGUGCGGAUGGCGGGAUGGCGACACUGCAAAAAGACUACGCUGCUCUCAAGAAUGCUCUGGCUGAUAUGGAACAGGAGUUGACGACAGCACGUACCACACUCGCAGCAGAGCAGGCAAGAUGCUUCCGGCUGGAGUUGGCAGAGUACCGGCAGCGGCUGGCAGGCAUAGCGGAUUUAGAGAGGGAGGUGGAGCUGCUGCAACUGCCGCCAAGAAGGGGUGGUGGGGAGGGGGCAGGUGAUAUGAGGAAGGGGCGGAACGGUGGGGAAAAGGGAAGACGACCUAGGAAGGGGGAGAGGGAGGUGUAG